UAUCCAAGACCUUUUGUGGUUUAUUUUUACAUUUUGCGGCUUAACAUUUUGUAAAAUCUCUUGGGCAGCGGCAAAUAUGCUUUAUUUUUAUUUGCAUUGCUAAAUGAAAAGCUCGAUGGAAUUGAAUAAGAAUGACAUACCUCGACAUUAACUUUUGAAUUGCAGAUAUUUUUUUCCUUGCACCAAUGAAAUUUAAUCGAAAUGUACAUAGCGUAUAUUGGAUACAAAGUUGAUUUUAAGUGAUAUUUCCGUUCACUGCGCCCACAACAUUAUGGAUAAGCUACAUUAUUAAAUGUAACUAUACACACCAAAGAUGUCUGGAGAUUGCGAUAGGGCGUCUCGGCCUAAUUCUUUACUAUUGGAAAUACCAGCACCUGAGAAGGAGCCCUUGCGCUUCGAUGUUAACCUCGUAGGAGCACCACCAGAAGUUGAACAACUAGUAAAUAAUAUUAAACAAGUGGCAGAGGAUUUCCUAUAUCAUUGGAAGACCUUUCCCAUUGUACUCCCACAGUCUAAAUUUACUGGUGCAGGCAAUCACCCAGCAGAUAUCAUUAUAACACCACCAUGUGAUGAACUUGAUGCCGCAGCACUUGAUGCAGGUCUUGAACCCCACCCCCUCUCACCCAAACAACUGCAUUCAAUCAAAGAAAAAGGCUUGCUCAAGGACAAAUUUAAUCCGAAGAGGCUUAAUGCUAAGCAAUUGGAAUCAAUUCGGCAAUGGGGUGAGUUUGAGGUGCCGUCGCGCCACUUCCCCGGUCAGACUCACGUGUGGCGUGUGGCGAGCUGGCUGCAGCGAGGUGGCCAGCGAGCCCGCCAGGAGUUGUACGAGCACGUGGCUCGCGCCGCAGCCCUGCUCCUGGUGGUGGCGCGAGACCGCCUGCUGUGUGAUCGUCCGCUCUCUCUCAUCGCCGGGGCCAAGGCACUCUCCGCUGGACUCCAUAGACUAUUAGACCUCUUGUUCGGGAUGCCGUAUCUUGAAGCCCGCGACUUGGAAAAGAAAAUACGAGAAGAGCGCUCUCGUUACCUUGUCGCUGAACUAAUUUGCAUGCCGGAAGACAGGGAGGACAUAGCGACUCUAGCUGCGUGGGUCACGCGGGCUAUGCGCCGCGCGGCCGCCGAGAAGAUCGACGCGCGGGAGUCGAGUCGCACGGUGCCGCGUGUACCGUGCGUGUACACCACGCCGCAGCGGACGCAGGUGGACCUGCGACUGUACAGACGCGACAUCCUGCGUCGCGCGGCCGCCUCGCUGCAGGCCAUAGUGGAGCGGGAGUCACGCGGCUGGUUCCUGCACUUCCGGGAGAAGCACGCCGCACACCUCGCCAGCCAGAAGGUGCCCAUGAAGGAUAUCGAGGAGGAGGUGUCGGCGGCCGCCAUGCGCGAGUACGUGUCGCGCGUGUGUCGCGGCGUGACGUCGUGCGGAGCGCUGCAGGAGCUGGGCCCGCACGUGCCCGCGCUGCUCGCCGACCAGCUCCGGGCCGCCGCCAUCCUGCACAGAUUCAAACCUGAUACAAAUAUUAAAUAUAAUGUACCAAAGUAA